AUGGGCGUUACUGCAGACACCGGCCCUUGCUGUGGCGUUCCAGAGGGAAGCGAGAUAAGAGUGGACCCAACAGAGGUUGGCGCACAGGAGACUGAAGCAGCUGGAACUGGAACAACAGACGACAGCGGUGCAACAGCAGCUGGUGCAAUGGAAGCCGGCCCAGAGGGAAGUGGAAUAGGAGUGGACCAGAUUGAAGGUACUCCAACCGAGGAUGACGCACAGGAGAUUGAAGCAGCUGGAGCUGGAACAAUCGAUGACAGCGGUGCAACAGCAGCUGGUGCAAUGGAAGCCGGUCCAGAGGGAAGUGGAAUAGGAGUGGACCAGAUUGAAGGUACUCCAACCGAAGAUGACGCACAGGAGAUUGAAGCAGCUGGAGCUGGAACAAUCGAUGACAGCGGUGCAACAGCAGCUGGUGCAAUGGAAGCCGGUCCAGAGGGAAGUGGAAUAGGAGUGGACCAGAUUGAAGGUACUCCAACAGAGGAUGACGCACAGGAGACUGAAGCAGCUGGAGCUGGAACAAUCGAUGACAGUGAAGAAACUGGAGCAAUUGGGACUGACACAACAGAGGCUGGCACGGUCAACGGUACUACCACAGGCGAAGCCGGUGCCGUCGAGGGUAACGGGAUAGGAGAAGCUGCCGGUGUGGAUGGUGCUCCUUGA